AUGCCUCCAAUUUACAUUUUAAAUAUCUAUGCUCACUCUGAUGACUACAGGGCGAGAAAUCACUUGUUCGACCAAAUCAUCAGUCUCCUCAACUCCAUGCCUGAGAUUAUCCCUUCUCUCAUCAUAGCCGGUGACAUGAACUGCUGCUUCGACUCCACAAUCCAACGCUAUAAUCGCCAAACUGGAAAGCCCAAAAGUUUCAUUGAAUUUUUGAACACUCACUUUUCAGAUUGCUUGAACCAACCAAAUUUACCGCAUGAUUACACUUUUAGACGUGGAUCGUCUCUUUCCACUCUCGACUAUAUGUUUGCAGGCCGCGAUGCUUUCUUCAAAAUGAGUGAUGGUGAUAUCACAUUUCUCUCUCAAGAAUGGACAGACCAUGCCUUGUUAACCAAGACAUACACUACCGGCAUGACUAACUGUGGUAAAGGUGUUUGGCGGGCCAACCCCUUUCUUGCGAAGAACCCUAUCUACGUCAACAAAUUAAACACUGCUAUCUCUAACUACGUUGAAACCAAAUUAGAUCCUAACCUAUCUGCUCAAGAAAAAUGGGACCUGAUUAAGAAGAAAACUAAGCAAGUUACUCAAAACUUCAGCCGCACUCACUGUUCAUGGAGGAAAGCUAAAAUCAAGAAGUUACAGAGCGAGAGGAACAAUUUGCUACGUAGGUACCGGGAUGAUUCCGUCUGUCUUAAUCUUUUGCUUUCUCCUGUCGAAAAGGAGCUAUCCCAACUCCAACAAGAGAUAGUUGACGUCCAACGACUGAGAGCAGGACAGAGAUGGCACGAGAAGAGUGAAAAGUCUCCAGGUUACAUCAAGCAAACAUUAGCGGAAAAGGCAUCCAAGCGAACAAUCUCUAGCCUAAAGCAUCCUACUUCCGGGGAACAAUGCUUGGAAACUAGUACUAAACUUGACGCUGCCAAAGUCUUUUAUCAAGACCUAUACACCGAGGAAGAAAUUGAUCUCAAUUGUGUGGAAAGAAUGCUACAAUAUAUCGACAAAACAAUUCCAGCUGAGGACUCACAGGACAUCAUUGAAGACAUACCUUACGAAGAUAUCAUUCAAGGAUCUCGAAGAACGCCAAAUGGUAGUAGUCCGGGCCUGGAUGGUAUAUGUUACGAAAUUUUGCACCUUCUAGUAAUCAACCCGAGCUGUGAAGCGAUUAUUCUGCAAGUGUUCAACGAUGCUUUAUCACUAGGCAAAUUCCCAAAAUCCUGGCAGGAAUCAUGUAUUGUGCUGCUACCAAAGAAAGGGGAUAUGACUGACCUUGGCAACUACCGUCCAAUAACCCUAAUAGCCUCUGAUUGCAAAGUGUUUACCAGACUACUUAACUCACGAGUCAUAGAGGUAGCAAGUGACCUUAUAGGCCCCCACCAAAGUGGUUUCCUGAGAGGUAGAUACAUUGGAGACCAUGGGAUGUCGUUGAAAGUGAUUGUAGACAAUGCACGUGAAGCAAGAUGGAACAAUUCUGGAGAAUUUGUCGAAUAUGCUGGGAUUAUGCUGGACAACGCCAAAGCGUAUGAUAGGGUACAUCCCCAGUAUCUAUCCAAGGUCCUAGUGAAGUUUGGUUUCCCAAAACAGUUUGUCCAAUGCAUCUGCAAGUUAUUCUUCGACAACUCCAUUUACGUGAAUGUCAAUGGCUUUUUAACAGAUCCUAUCGAGCAAAGACGCGGCAUCAGACAAGGAGACAGUAUAUCACCAAUGCUGUUCAACUUGGCUAUUGAACCAUUUCUGCUAUCUGUGACCAAAAGUACAACUAUCUCGGGGUAUAGUCUCCAGCACGUCAAGCCUAUAAGCAAGAGAACAAACAGUUGGGUGGCUCCUCCUCCAUUGAAAGUACUCGCAUAUGCGGAUGAUGUCCUGACUUUCGUCAAGUCUCGGGCAGAACUUCUUGAUCUGGAAGAAAGAUUGAGAACUUACAACAAGGCCUCGAACUCCAAGAUCAACUACGACAAGUCCGUGGCCUUCCCUCUUCAUGGUGGAAGAAUGACAAGCCAAACUGGUGGCCUAAUUCAAGAUCAUGCAACAAACAAUCUCAAAAUCAAAUGGUAUGAUUCUACGUCUACAGGAUUUAUAAAAUACCUAGGUUAUCCAAUUUGGUUCUGCAAUCAACAAAGAGACGUAUACAUCGCUAAACUGCUGGGUGAUAUCACUACUGCUGUUGAAAGGUUUGCAGCACGACAAGUCUCACUGUACGGCAGAGCGAAUAUUGCCAACACUAUGAUAUUGUCCAAACUAUGGCAUGUCAUUCGGAUCGUUUCCCUGCCCAAAGACACAGUCAAGAAGAUAACCUCAAUCAUUUAUCAGUUUGUAAUGUCUGGCCUGUAUCCACCUCUAAAGGGCAACUCUCUCUUCCUACCAAGGUAUCAAGGCGGUUUAGGACUGAUUGAUAUAAUGGCGCAACAAAAGGUUCUGCAAUUCAGAUACCUGAACGCUUUGCUGACAGAAAACAGCAACAACAUACCUGGUCUCACGUAUAGGCUACUAGUGGAUUAUUUGAAGAUGUCGCACGACUCACCAUCGCACAUAAUCCCUAUACUGUUCCAAACGGCUAGAUACAAAAACCAGUUAAGAGGCUUCCACCCUUAUCACAUGAUGUUCGAGGCAAUAGAUACUUAUAUGAAGCAUUCCCCAUUCUCACUCGCUUGGUCUGUCAAACCAAAUGUCAUGACACUCUUGUCAUUGCCAGUGCUGGAAAUUCUUGAUUUUGUCAAUGAGGAAGUAGCCAUGGGAUACACAAGCAGAGACUCGAUCAGGGAGAGUAAAGUUCAUGACUUCUUCCACGUCAACCAGGAAACAAGUACUCUGCAGAUAAAGCCAAGAAGUGAAUGCAAGCGACCAAACAUUAGGAAUCAGAUAGAAAGAGGUCUUCUCUGUGGGAACAUCAGAUUGGAAUCUUUCGCGGAUACAAGAAACAUGGAGGCUCAUCUAGACCUACAGCCUUUCGUUGCUAUGCUUAACUACCAAGACCGCCCAAUGCUUCAAAUGUCAAACAAAUACUUGAGAUCAAUUAUGCUGGACAUACACAACCUUGAUGUUGGACGAAAGUUCAAUCAUACCAUCAGCAAAGUCCAGUGGAAACACUUCUAUCAUCAAAACAUGCAUCACUCUGUGAGAAAUGUCUGGUAUAGAAUGAUACACAAGCAAUGCCCGAGCAAAUCAGCUCUUUUCGUUCGACGCCUGAGGAACGUCGAAGAUGACAAAUGUACCCUCUGCAAUGAUACUGAAGAUGCCAAACAUCUCAUGGUUAGCUGCCCCCACAAAAACGACAUUUGGUCCAACAUCUUUGAACAAUUCCUGGGAUACCCCAAGGUUGCUAAUCCACAACAAGUAUACCAAUCUAUAGUUAACUUAAACCUGAAGCAAUAUUUCAUCUACAGCCUCGAUAUCAAGAUUACAAUCUUCGACCUGUUUGCUGCCACCAUUCGUAUGAUAUGGAGAUUCCACCUCCUACAAACAUUCGAAGGAGUGCCAUUUGAUACCAACAAUGUCACCAACAAGAUCAGUGCUGAAGUGAUGAGAUUGUCAGAUCUCAAGCAUCAAUAUUAG